AUAUUCUCUUCAUCUCACGCGUGUCCGUCUCUCUCCUUCACUCCAAACACUCCCCUUUCUCUACCUCUCGGCUGCUCCAACGUCCGGCGAAGCCGCCACUUAUCGCCUCCAAAUCCAGCGACACAAUCGUCCUGCUAUCGCCGUUGUUGAAUAAUCUCGAUUUUUUAUUUAUCUUCAAUUUGUCAAUCGGAAAUUUUUAUUCCCGUUUCUGACGCCUUCAGAUUGUAACCGAUAAUUUAGCGGAAUGCGUUUUUAGCCGCGGCGUGAUCUCUGCUGGUGUUGGCGAUCUCUGUACAGUCGCAUCUCCUCAAGAAUGAAUCCUAGAAGGGAUCGGACUGCUAGAGUUGCUCUUUUUGAUGGUAUUGAAGAUGGAGGUAUAAGGGCAUCAUCAUCUUACUCAUCUCAUGAGAUUGAUGAGCAAGAGAAUGAUCAAGCCAUGAAAGGCCUACAAGAUCGAGUUAUCAUGCUGAAAAGGUUGUCUGGUGAUAUACACGAGGAGGUUGAUUCCCAUAACUGCAUGCUGGACAGAAUGGGAAAUGACAUGGACACCUCAAGAGGGGUUUUAUCUGGAACCAUGGACAAAUUCAAGAUGGUGUUCGAGGACAAAUCAAGCAGAAGGAUGUUUACACUAGUGGCAUCUUUUGUGGCUGUUUUUCUCAUUGUAUAUUAUCUUACUAGAUAAAUGAGGUAAUAUUGGAUAAAUCCUAUGCAAAAGUGUGUGGUUAGUAUUACCAAAUUGCAGGCACAGGUCAAAUGUUGUAUAAAACAAGUAAUCUCUAGUUUGGAGUAUUGGUGUCUUGCGUCGUGAUAUCAGGUGAUUGACCAUGAAGAAAAUCUACAAAUAGCGUAUUCUGCUCUUUCUCUUCUUUACCAUCCCAAAAUCAAGACAGUGAUGACGCUCUCUCGCCAACUGUGUCAAUGGUCUUGGUGCAGAUUAAUAUGACUGCUUGGUGGAGCUUCUCUCUGUGUCCCUGCUGUAAAAAUGUGUUUUGCAGCAUAUGAUAUGCUCUAAUAACAUGGUAACCGAGGUCAUAUUUUUGCCUUCUCUGUGUAGUCUAAACUGUCCUUGCUGUGAAAUGUGGUGUGCUACAUAUGCUUCGAUAUAUCAUAUUUUUGGCAGGAGGAGAUUCUUUGAGAUAUAAUAUGAAUUGAUAAAAAUAUUCUAAUAUUUACUUAGAUGGAAUGGUUAUUUUUGAUCUCGUGUAA